CCGUAUUUAAAUGAAUUGUAUUUGCACUGUCUGUAAAUCACAAACUAAUGGAAGUUUUGGGUAUAAAUAUUACAAGAUUUAUUUAUAAAUAUUAGUGUUUCGGAUAAAUGAUCAAAAGAUAUAUGUUAUUCAUUUUGUAAUGAAUCGUGUGAUUGACCAGGAUAAUAUACCGCAACUAAACCUGGGUACAGUACAGGUUGAUGGAAUUGAAGAAAUGGAUACGCAAGAAGAGGCAUCUAAUGACGUAGAAGGACAUGAUCGGCAAAUAAAUGGCGAAUCUGAAUUAACUUCUAUUUCACAAGAUCAAGAAAUGGAAGAAGAUGAAGCAAGAUCAGAAGCGACUUUUCGAUAUAAUGUAGAAAAUGUAUCAAAAAUGAAAGACUCACAACUUUCUCCUCCAUGUUUUGUAAGAAAUUUGCCGUGGAAAAUAAUGGUAAUGCCACGUUCUAGUCAAACGCAAGAACGGCAGCCACAAAGAUCACUAGGUUUUUUUUUACAAUGUAAUGGUGAAAGUGAAUCAUCAUCUUGGAGCUGUUUUGCAACUGCAGAAUUACGUUUACUUUCGUGUAAAGAAGGGCAGGAUCCAUUUAACAGAAAAAUUCAGCAUUUAUUCUACAGCAAAGAAAAUGAUUGGGGAUUUAGUCAUUUUAUGACAUGGCAAGAUGUCCUUGAUCAGGAGAAAGGUUAUAUUAAAGAUGAUUCAAUUACUUUAGAAGUACAUGUUGUGGCAGAUGCACCUCAUGGCGUUAGCUGGGAUAGUAAGAAACACACUGGAUAUGUUGGUUUAAAAAAUCAAGGUGCCACUUGCUACAUGAAUUCAUUACUGCAAACUCUUUAUUUCACCAAUCAGUUACGUAAAGCGGUGUAUAAAAUGCCAACAGAAAGCGACGAUUCUAGUAAAAGUGUAGCAUUAGCUUUACAAAGAGUAUUUCACGAAUUACAAUUUUCAGAUAAACCAGUAGGUACGAAAAAAUUAACUAAAAGUUUCGGAUGGGAAACUUUGGACUCUUUCAUGCAACACGAUGUUCAAGAAUUUUUACGUGUGUUACUUGAUAAAUUAGAGAGUAAAAUGAAAGGAACAUGUGUUGAAGGUACAGUACCAAAAUUAUUCGAAGGUAAAAUGGUCUCUUUCAUUAAAUGCAAAAAUAUCGACUAUACAUCCAGAAGAGUGGAAACAUUUUACGACAUACAAUUAAAUAUUAAAGGGAAAAAAAAUAUUUAUGAAUCCUUUAAUGAUUAUGUAAGUACAGAAAUUUUAGACGGAGAUAAUAAGUAUGAUGCUGGAGAACAUGGUCUCCAAGAGGCGGAAAAAGGAGUUAUUUUUUCUUCAUUUCCUCCAGUUUUACAUUUACAUUUAAUGAGAUUUCAGUACGAUCCAAUUACUGAUUGUUCUGUUAAAUUUAAUGAUAGAUUCGAAUUUUAUGAGAAAAUUAGUUUAGGACAAUAUCUAAAAACUAGCAAGGAUCUUAUAAAUGUAGAUUAUACCUUACAUGCUGUUUUGGUUCAUAGUGGCGAUAAUCACGGAGGUCAUUAUGUUGUAUUUAUUAACCCUGCUGGUGAUGGAAAGUGGUGUAAAUUUGACGAUGAUGUUGUUUCUCGGUGCUCUAAGCAAGAGGCUAUUGAACAUAAUUACGGAGGUCAAGAUGAAGAUAUUUCAAUGACAGUAAAACAUUGUACAAAUGCUUAUAUGUUAGUUUAUAUUAGAAACACCGAAAUAGAACAUGUUCUUCAUGAAGUACGCGAAGAAGAUAUUCCUCAAGAGCUAGUAGACAGGCUACAAGAAGAAAAACGGUUAGAGCAAAUUAAAAGAAAAGAACGAAAUGAAGCCUAUUUAUUUAUGACAGUGAAUGUUCUAUUUGAGGAUAGCUUUGAUGGACAUCAAGGAAAUGAUUUGUACGAUCAAGAGAGAGUAUUGUAUCGCAUAUUCCGUGUACGGAAACAAGCUACUUUAUUAGAAUUUCUUGAGCUUCUUAGUGACAGUUUGAAAUAUUCUAUUGAACAAAUUCGUGUAUGGCCUUUUAGUAUUAGAUCAAAUCAAACAUGUCGACCUAGUUUGAUUGAGUCUGAAGCUGAUCUUCAAAAACCUAUAACAGAUUGUGCAGACAGCGGUAAUUCAUGGAAUGUAUUUGUUGAAUUAGUAUCUCCAGAUUCUGGAUUAACAGCUCUACCAUCUUUUGACAAAGAUACAGAUGUAUUAUUAUUUUUCAAAUUAUAUGAUCCUAAAAAAAGGAAGAUUCAUUACUGUGGACAUCAUUAUAUGCCUGUUAUAACUAAAGUUCAGGAGCUAAUACCAAUGUUAAAUAAACGAGCGGGUUAUCCUGAAAAUACAAAUUUAAUUUUAUACGAAGAGAUAAAACCAAAUAUGGUUGAAAAAAUCGAAAAUCUAUCUGAACCAUUAGAAAAAGUACUAGAAGAAUUAAUGGAUGGUGAUAUAAUAGUAUUUCAAAAAGAAGUAAAAGAAAAUGAUAUGUAUGAGCUUCCAACAUGUCGUGAUUAUUUUAGAGAUAUAUCGUCGAGAUUGGAAGUAACUUUUUGCGAUAAAACAGUACCAAAUGAUACAGGAUUUAUUUUAGAACUUUCUCAAAGAAUUACUUAUGAACAAAUGGCAAAAGCUGUGGCACAAAGACUUGGAACCGAUCCAUUUUUAUUACAAUUUUUUAAAUGUCAAAACCAUAAAGAUAUACCUGGUAAUCCUUUAAAAUGUACUUUCGACGGUACCCUUAAAGAAUUGGUUGCUAGUUGUAAACCUAAAACAAAAAAAAUAUAUUAUCAGCAAUUAAGUAUUCAUGUAAAUGAACUUGAACACAAAAAACAGUUUAAGUGUAUUUGGGUUGGACCAUUAUUAAAAGAAGAAAAGGAAAUUAUUUUAUAUCCAAAUAAAAAUGGUACUGUAUCAACAUUAUUGGAAGAAGCUAAAAAACAAGUUGAACUAUCCGACAAUGGUUCUGGAAAAUUAAGAAUAUUAGAAAUCGUUAGUUAUAAAUUACAAGCUGGGCCAGAAGAAGAUGUUUUGUUAGAAAAUUUGAGUACUAAUGGUUCUAAAAUAUACAGAAUUGAAGAAAUACCAAAAGAUGAAUUAAAUUUAUUGGACGAUGAAAUACUUGUCCCAGUUGCUCAUUUUCAUAAAGACAUAGUGUCUACAUUUGGCAUCCCAUUUUUUUUUAAAAUUAAACAUGGAGAACCAUUUUUUAGAAUGAAGGAAAGACUUUUUAAACGUUUAUGCGUACAAGAAAAAGAAUUUGAAAAGUUCAAGUUUGCUGUUGUUACAUCCAAUAAAGCACACUUCAUUAAUGAGUCUCCGGAUUAUUGUAUAGAUAUAGCGGAUUUCAAACCACAUCUAAAUCAGUCGCUUCAAAAAUCUAAUUCAGAAUCUUCAUCACAAAAACCAUGGCUAGGUUUGGAUCAUGUGAACAAAGCUCCAAAACGUUCUCGGAUUAAUUACCUCGAAAAGGCUAUUAAAAUUUAUAAUUAAAUAAUUAUCCAUAUUUAGAAUCAGCCAUGUACAGCAUUUCAUGAAACUUAAUAAAUAAUAACUAAUAAUAUCA